UACUUGUAUUCUCUUACGUCAUGCUCAUGAAUACAAUGACCCUGACGGCCUAUGCAAACGAACAGUUGAGAAACGUCUACCUGCUCCGACCAGAGUCAUGUGUGCGCGCACACGCAGGAACGCAUCCGCUACACUGCGAGAAAUCCACGUUUGGUUUCUGUUGAACAAAAAUGAAAGUCUAGCUAUCCCUUCAUUAGAAAAAGAUCGGCCCUCCGUUAAGAGUUUUAUUCCGAAACAGCUUCACGGGAUCCCUGCCUAUUUUCGAUAUGCAGUCCAUCAAGACGUCUGGGGGUAAAACGGUGGUCUUCUUUGACCUGGAGGCCACGGGAUUAGAAACCUGGCGGUGUGAGAUCAUCCAGCUGGCAGCCAUCUGCGGCGAGCGCACCUUCAACGUGUACAUGAUGCCCGAGAUCGCCAUCGACAGAGGGGCCGCGGAGGUCACGGGCUUCAGCGUCCGAGAUGGCGCCCUCCUCCUGCAGGGUACAGCCGUGCCGACCGUCACCUUGACCGAGGCCCUGACCUCCUUCCUUGACUUCCUGCAGUCCUUAGAGCAGCCCGUGCUGCUGGUCGCACACGGCGCCAGACGCUUUGACAAACCUGUACUGGACAGAGCGCUGCUCAAGUGUUCCCUCACCAGGCAGUUCCAGCAGCUGGGCUCCAGAUACUUGGACACCUUCCUACUCAGUAAGGCGCUCUAUCCAAGGAUACGUAGCUAUUCACAGGUGAACCUGGUGCGGCACUUCCUGGGGAAAAUCUACAAUGCCCAUAAUGCAUUGGAGGAUGUUAGGGCUCUGCAGGAGCUGUACAGUUGUUGGGAUCCCAGUGAAGGGACUCUGAAUCGGUGUACAUUAUAGCAGCUAAGAAAUGUCAUCGACUUACAUUUACAUUUAGGGCAUUUAGCAGACGCUUUUAUCCAAAAUGAAUUACAUUAUGUACAUUUGUCAUAAGAAAAUGAAAUAAUAUAUCGCCGUCGGUAAAAUAAGGAGUUACCGAAGGAGUAUUUACCGACUUACUGAAAACUGCAAGUUUAAUGCACCAAUCAUCGAUCGACUCGUUUUAUUUGAUUGCAGUUUGAUUUUCGUUCUGCUUAUAUUGCUUUUGUGGUUUAAAAUGAUAUAACUGGUGUUCCCAUUGGUAUUUUGGUGUAAUAAACUCAAUCUCAAAACCAA